AUCUAUCGUAAAAAAACCUUUGGAACUUGGAAAGAAUAUCAGGAGACAUUAGAAUGUUAUGCUAACUUUGCGAUCAGAAAAAAACAAGUAGAUAAUAGCCGUGAUUUACGACAACAUACCUGGGACUGUGAACGGUCUGGUAAAUAUGUCUCAUAUAAAACUGCUUCACUCGAAAAGCAAAGAAAUAAGGGUUCAAAAAGGAUUGGUUGUCUUUUUCUGAUGAAUGCGUACAAGAGUAAGGGCUUUGAUAAUGAAACUAUAAUUAAAUUGACAUUGAUGUAUCCUGAACACAACCAUCAGUUGAUUCCUGAAAAUGCUAGCUUUGCUACUAGCUAUCGGAAACUUAUCACAGAUAUGAAGGAGCUUAUUGAAAGUUAUACAAUUUGUAACAAUGAUGUCUCAUUCCAGCAAACAAUUGAAGCUACAGGAGUUCAGCCCAGAGCUUUUAUGAUUGAUACAGAUCCAGGUCUUGAAAGUGUUGUUUCCGAAAUAUACCCUGAUACCUACCUUCUCCAUUGUGUUUGGUAUAUUGGAUGUAAUAUUGAAAAGCAGCUUGCAAAGCUUCUUGGUAAUCGUUAUACAGACUUUAUCAAAGUAUUUUAUCAUGCCCGAAAUGUUUUAUGUAAAGAAACAUUUGAGGAAUACUGGAAACAACUUAUGAUUGAUUUUCUAGAAUCAACUGAAUACCUACUUAGACAGCUUGAUCCACAUAAAACAACCUGGGCAAAAGCAUUUACAGAAGAACAAUUUGCUGGUCGGUUUGUGACUUGGCGUGAAAAGACAGUAUCAUAUAUGAUACCAAGUGUUCCUGAACGACUUUUCCCCAAUAUAUAUAAUAUUCUGCAGAAUUUUGAGAAUCCAUAUAAUUUAAUAUUAGAGGUUGUUGAUAAUAGACCAAUUGAAUUUGAGUAUGAUUUCUGUCAGAUAUGGUUUGACAAACUUCUUGAAGGGGUUGAUUAUUCCUUAGUUGCUGAAGUUUGGGAUGUUCAAUCAAUCAAACAUAAUUCACAUUGGAGUAGUUUGCCGUCAUUGGUUUUGUAUGAAUUUAUGGACACGAUGGUUGCUGAUGAGCUAUUUGUUAGAAACAAAUCAUUAGAAAAGAACACAAAAGUGAUUGGCCACAAACAAUCAAUUAAAGGAACAUUGCUUGAACUUGCUCGUAAAUGUGUAGAAGUAGUUAAUUACGAUGAUUUAAAUGAUUCAAAGAUUUUAAUGGAAACAUUUAAGGAAUAG